UUGUGUCACUUUCAAAAACGUCACAUUUCGUAGUCAAAAUUGCGGUAAAAUAGGAAAAAUGGACGAAUUUAUUGCAAAUAUUGUAAAAAUCCUAUCAAGUACCAUAAACGUUCGUAUAAUAUCCUUUCCUAGUUUCGCCAUAGAAUCCCUAUUGGCUUCUGUAGUUUGUAUUGUACAUUGUUUGUUAAUAUUCGAAGUUAACACUUUGGUGCGUAGGACAAACGCCAAAGCCGCAGCCAGAUUACGACUAAAACACCCAGUAAAAGAAUCGGAUAGUUACUCCUUGCACAGCAUAUUAACAUUGCAAGCCACGCAGGUGUUUCAUAAAAAACCCGAAGUUUUCCAAAGACCGCAAAUAUACAAGCCGACGAAUUCGAAAUUGCAAAGAAGAUACAAUCGCGAAAAUAACUCCUGGCUGUUAUCGAAGGGCGAUUCUAUAUUGAGGCACACAUUUUCAGAUAGAGUUGACCAUUUACUAUCGAUAUCCCCCAGUGAAUACAUACGUAGAGACAAGGAAAGGAAAAAUCGCGAACAGGGGAUUCAAUCGUGCAUUCAAUCAUUAACCACUCUACUAGAAAAGGCUUUGAACAGCGAUGGCGGUGUAACCUUCCAAUCCAUGUCGAAAGAAGACAUCAAGAAAAGCAUAAACGCUUUAAGGGAAAACUUCGAAAGUGAACUAAACAGUAAUAGUUUACUCGCAGACUUUCCACCGCCGAGUUUGCAAAGCAUGAUAGAUUAUAAUGCCGCAAAGCGGGCUCUAAAAAGUUCCGUAUACCCCGAUCAACACAUUCCUUCGAUAUAUCGCUGUUCAAACAUGAGUUUAUCAAAAAGUAAUCACGACACUAAAGUAACAAGGCACCAAGGCGGUGAAGACGCAAAUCAACAUUCCAAUGAAAAAAUCAUCGCUGUAAAGUCCAGCCAGUCUCUUAGCGAACUUUUCCGAAAGCAAUCCAGCGAAUCUUUCGGAAGCGAUAAAAGACAAUCCAGAGGAAUUUUAGUAAAUUAACGAACAUAAUCUCCCAAAUUACUCGUGACAUGGUUUUUGGCGGUUUGUAUUGUCCCAGUACCGUUUCAAUGUAUCAGAAUAAAUUUUCAUAUACGCAA